CCAAGGUUCCUUUUCAUAAUGAAACAGUGGAUAAAGUUGAAGAAUUUGUGCAUGCCUUACUAAUCUUGCGGAACGGGAUACUGGUAACUCUUCAUGAAUUCAACCAUAUUUUUAUAAAGAAAUCUAGGCCAACCACCGAACAACAUGAUUCUUCCGAAGAAGAUUCUACCAUUAAGACCCCAUAA